GAUUAACACUUGGUACUCACAGUAAAUUGGAAAUGCAGCUUCUGACCUUGUUUUUAAAUUUUAUUCUCAAAGCUUUUUUUUUUUAACCAGUCACAUUUUUAAAAAUUGUCUUACUUUUAGUUAGAGCUGAAAGGGUUCAAUUAGUAUGUGCUGUGACCAGUAUGUGGAGUCCGAUUUAGCUUUCCAGAAUUGACUUUUUGGGUUGCACUGACAAAUCAUAGUCCUGAAUGAUGAAUGUUGAAUGAUGCACUAUGUUUUUGUUUAAAUGAAAUUUCCUGAAAGUGAUUAAUUUUAGAACAAGGGUAAACCGAUAUUGCUCUUGUGAGGCAUCAUAAAAAUACGUAUUUUAAAAGCUGAAGGCAUUUCAGGCAAAUAUGGUUCUCGCUGAAGCAGAAAAAACAGUGGACCUGGGAUUUGGAAGACCUGGCUUCUAGCUGCUGCUAACCAAUUCUGUGACUCUGGGGAAGGGACCUCAGUUCUUAUUUCCGUAACAUGAGGACACUGGACUAUUUGAAUUCAGAACUCAGAAAGUUGGAAGGGAUCUUAAAGCCCUCUAAGGAAGAGUUUGAGAAUGUUCUCCAUUGCUAUAACUUUUCCUCCAGAAAUAACCUGGCUUGGGAGUUAUUGGUCCAGUGGAAAUUGAUUCCCCAUAGAAACCGGAGAAAAGGUAAUGCAAGUAGAGAGAAACAACUGUAUUUCUGCUUGAAUAAUAAACCUACUAACAAAUUCUGGUACCAAUUUUGGAGACAUAAAGAGAAUGAGUGUAUGUACUUUAAGUGUACCAGUUUCCUCACUCACUCCUGGCAGAAGAUGCAGCACUUUUAGUGGUGCUGGGAUUCUGGGGUGUGUUCCUGUUAAUUCUCAUACAGAAGAUGAUGUGAUAGAAGGAAAGAUGGUUGCAGAAGGAAUGGAUAAAGAGGCAAAACUGCCCACUAAAAAGAAAAGAAAGAAGGGUUUGCGGAUUAAGGGGAAAAGGCGUCGGAAAAAAUUGAUCCUUGCCAAAAAGUUUAGUAAGGAUUUGGGGUCUGGGAGGCCUGUUGCAGAUACCCCUGCUUUGCUAGCUUCCAGUGCCCCUGAGCAGGAUGAAGAAAGUCUUUUUGAGAGCAAUAUAGAAAAACAGAUCUAUUUACCCAGUACCAGAGCCAAGACCUCCAUUGUGUGGCACUUCUUUCAUGUGGACCCCCAGUACACCUGGCGAGCUAUUUGUAACCUCUGUGAAAAAAGCGUCAGCAGGGGCAAACCAGGUAGCCACCUUGGUACAUCUACUCUUCAGCGUCAUCUGCAGGCAAGGCAUUCACCUCAUUGGACCAGGGCCAACAAGUUUGGAGUCACUGGUGGGGAAGAGGACUUUACGUUGGAUGUAUCUUUAUCUCCUUCUUCUCCUGGAAGCAAUGGAAGUUUUGAAUAUAUUUCUACAGAUCCAUUAGAUGAUAACAGAAUGGGCAAGAAACGUGAUAAAUCAGCAUCUGAUGCCCUAAGGGCAGAAAGAGGGAGAUUUCUCAUCAAAAGUAAUAUUGUCAAGCAUGCCUUAAUUCCUGGAACCAGAGCCAAGACAUCUGCAGUUUGGAAUUUUUUUUACACUGAUCCUCAGCACAUCUCAAGAGCUGUGUGUAAUAUAUGUAAAAGAAGUGUGAGCCGGGGUCGGCCAGGUUCCCACUUGGGAACUUCAACACUUCAACGACACCUGCAGGCCACACAUCCCAUCCAUUGGGCUGUUGCCAACAAAGACAGUGGUGCCAUUGGAAAUGGAUUAGAUGAAGCUGAGCCUGAGAGAAAUGAUCUCUUGAGUGAUACUUUGCAUGGAGAAAAGUCUACAGGCAGCCAAGAUUUAACAGCCGAGGACCUUAGUGACUCUGAUUCAGAUGAACCUCCUGUGUUAGAGGUUGAAAAUAGAUCUGAAAGUCCUAUACCUGUUGUAGAGCAAGACACUCUGAUGCACACACAGGAGAGAGAAACAACAUACAGUGGAAAUCCAGUUUCAAGUCAAAUAAGUCAGGCAAUUAUUCAAAUGAUUGUGGAAGAUAUGCAUCCUUACAACUACUUCUCAACCCCAGCCUUUCAGAGGUUCAUGCAGAUUGUGGCCCCUGACUACAGGCUGCCAUCAGAGACUUUCUUUUUCACUAAGGCUGUACCUCAGUUAUAUGAUUGUGUCAGAGAAAAAAUUUUCUUAACGUUAGAGAAUGUUCAAAGCCAAAAGAUCCACUUGACUGUUGACAUAUGGACUCAUGACCCAUCCACUGACUAUUUCAUUGUCACUGUACACUGGGUCUCUUUGGAAACUGCACCUUUUCCCAGUAAUGGCAGGAUCCCCAAUUUUAGAAAGUGGGCAGUGCUUUGUGUUACAGGUUUGGCCAAAGACUGUUUGAUAACCAACAUUUUACAAGAAUUAAAUGACCAGAUUGGUCUGUGGCUUUCUCCUAAUUUCCUUAUCCCUAGCUUCAUUGUUUCUGACAAUUCCUCUAAUGUGGUACAUGCAAUCAAAGAUGGUGGUUUUACCCAUGUGCCAUGCUUUCUGCAUUGCUUAAAUAUAGUCAUUCAGGACUUUUUCUGUGAGCACAAAAGCAUUGAGAAUAUGUUAGUGGCUGCUAGGAAAACCUGUCAUCAUUUUAGUCAUUCUGUCAAGGCCCGUCAGAUACUGCAAGAGUUCCAAAAUGAUCAGCAACUUCCGUGGAAGAAUUUGAAGCAGGAUGAAACUGGCCAUUGGAUUUCUACCUUUUAUAUGUUAAAAUGGCUCUUGGAACAUUGCUACUCAGUUCACCAUAGUCUUGGUAGAGCCAGUGGAGUUGUGCUCACCUCCCUUCAGUGGACUCUAAUGACUUAUGUUUGUGAUAUUCUUGAGCCAUUUGAGGAGGCCACCCAGAAAGUGAGUGUGAAGACUACAGGAUUGAAUCAGGUGCUACCCCUAAUCCACCAUCUACUCCUUUCCCUGCAGAAACUCAGGGAAGAUUUUCAAGUCAGAGGUAUUACCCAGGCCCUCAUUCUGGUGGACAGUUUAUCUCUGAAGCUUGAAACACAUGCCCUACUAAGUGCCAUGCUCAAAUCCAAGCCAUGUGUCUUGGCUACUUUGUUAGAUCCUUGCUUUAAGAAUAGUUUAGAAGACUUUUUUCCUCAAGGUGCUGAUUUAGAAACUUAUAAGCAGAUCCUAGCAGAAGAGGUUUGUAAUUAUAUGGACUCUUCACGAGAGGUCUGCCAAAUUGCAUCUUCAGAGGCUUCUGGUUCCUCAGUUACAGUAGGAGCUGAUUCAUUUACCUCAUCUAUAAAAGAAGGCACCUCCAAUUCAGGUUUCAUUGAUAGCUCAGCUGCAGACAAUGUUGCCAUUGGAAGCAAAAGCUUCAUGUUCCCUUCUGCUAUAGCAGUUGUGGAUGAGUACUUCAAAGAGAAGUAUUCAGAACUCUCCGGAGGUGAUGACCCUUUGAUUUACUGGCAGACCAAGAUGAGCACGUGGCCAGCUUUGACCCAGGUUGCCAUUCAGUAUCUAAGUUGCCCCAUGUGUAGUUGGCAAUCUGAAUGUAUCUUUACUAAAAAUAGCCACUUUCAUCCAAAACAGAUCAUGAGCCUGGACUUUGACAAUAUAGAACAGCUGAUGUUUCUGAAAAUGAACUUGAAAAAUGUGAACUACGAUUAUUCUACAUUGGUUCUGAGCUGGGAUCCUGAGAAUGAAGUUGUUCAAAGCAAUGAAAAAGAAAUGUUACCUUAAUUUCUUUUUCUUUCCUCCAUUUAAAAUGGGCAACUUACUGCUAUUACUAUAUCCUUAUUGCUAUAGUUAUUAUAUGUAGCCAUACUAAUUCUUUAAACAAAUCUGGGGAAACUUGAAAUCACAAAAAGGGCUGAAAAUUCCUCAGAUGCAAUAUAGUGUUGGUAAAAUGAUUAUAACUCAAUGUUAUAAUCAGUGUAGCUAGCACUUGAAAAUUGUGUUUAUGGCAGUUGAGAGAGAAAAUAUAUUUUUAAUUUAAAAAAAUAUAGUGCAGCAUUGAAAGGCCUUAGGCUAUUUCUGCCUGGUAGAUUGAACUAGUAAUUGAUUUUAAGUAAAAUUUUCCCCAACAUGGGAGAUUUAUUGCUCUGAAACCAAUGAAAUGAGAAGAAAGCAGCAUACUAAGCUGGCGUUCCUUUUUCUCCCCAUUUUUCUAUUUUUUAAAAAACCCGAUGCUUAAUUACGAUGGCAAACAAACAACAAAAACCCACGGCACUGUUUUAUAUUUGAAAAUGUCUAAUUGCCUCCUCAUACUGGUCAGCUUUAUAAUUUUGAAUUAUUGAGUGUGAUAGUUACUUUUUAUUUAGGAUUGGAUCUUAUGUAAAAGGGAAACAUUAGAAAACAAUUA